CGGGGCCGGCGGGGCCACGGCCGUGACCUGCGGGAGCCUCUGCCGCGGGCACACCCGGGCCGGGACCCCCGGCGGGACCCCCUCGCCCCGCGGGAGGUGCAGGACCCGCGGCGGUGCGGGGACCCCGGCCCGGCGGGGCCGUGCCCGGCUCUCGGAGGUGCGGGGAGGCUGCGGCCGACCUUGAGUUUCUCUUCCAAAAGAGAGCCAGUGGGAUUCGUUCCCCUUGACAAACAAUAAGCCAGACCAGUAUCUGGGCUGCAGUCCAUGUUGUUUUCCUCCACAGAGAUGGUAUCUCUCUUGUGAGCCCUGUGCAUCAUCCCAGGGGCAUUUUUUCUUGGAAAACAUUGCUGCUAAAAAGCUCCAAACAGGAGGAGUAAAUCCAGUCAGCUUGUCAGACCGCUGGCUCAGUGUAACGGUGCUUUCAUGAGGUAACGUUGGGCCAAAGUCAACUUUUCUUUUCUCCUUUGUAAACCUGCAGCCAAGCAAUGGGCCAGAAAAUCUCAGGGAGCAUAAAGUCUGUGGAUGUGAGGGAGCCCCCUUAUAGACCUGUCAAACGAGAGCUGAGAGGCCCGGAUUUUUGCAAGCCAGCGCGCCUGGACAUGCUGUUGGAUAUGCCCCCUGCCAAGCUGGAGGUCCAGUACAAACACGCUUGGAACAACGAAGAUCGCUCCUUAAAUAUAUUUGUAAAGGAAGACGAUAAACUGACUUUUCACAGACACCCGGUUGCCCAAAGCACGGAUUGUAUCCGGGGCAAGGUCGGCUACACGAGGGGCCUCCAUGUCUGGCAGAUCCACUGGCCCACGAGGCAGCGGGGAACUCAUGCCGUGGUGGGCGUCUCCACGGCCGAAGCCCCGCUGCACUCGGUGGGAUACACGUCCUUGGUCGGUAGCAACAGUGAGUCAUGGGGCUGGGAUCUGGGGCGCAACAAACUCUACCACAACUGCAAAAACCAGCCUGGCGUCACGUAUCCUGUCUUUUUGGAACCAGAUGAGUCUUUUGUACUCCCAGACUCGUUACUGGUGGUUUUGGAUAUGGAUGAAGGGACGCUUAGCUUCAUGGUGGAUGGACAGUAUCUUGGAGUGGCCUUCAGGGGACUAAAAGGGAAAAAACUUUACCCCAUAGUCAGUGCAGUUUGGGGGCACUGUGAAAUUACAAUGAGAUACAUCAAUGGACUUGACCCGGAACCCCUGCCUUUAAUGGACUUGUGCCGAAGAUCAAUUCGUUUUGCUCUUGGCAGAGACCGCCUGCAUGACAUAGAAAUUCUACCUUUGCCUCUGUCUCUGAAAAAUUAUUUACAGUACCAAUAAGACGUCUAGAACCCUCUGGCCUCACGUUGGACUACAUCAAUGCAAAUGGCAGAAAAUUGUUUACAGCAAAAUAUAAAUCUUUGUGAUGGACACUUAAGUGUUAUUUAAUUUUUAAUAUAUAUUUUUUUCUGAUCCAGUGAAAGCAGAUCACUGUGGGGGACUACUAAAGAAUGUGAAAACGUUGAUUUGAUUGAGAUUCAUGUGUUAUCUGUUGCCUGUUGUGUUUACAGUCCUGAAGGCCAUUAUUCUCAUCUCUCAUACGUUGGUUUAUCUUUGUUGCCUCUGGUAAAUGCCAAUAGAAAAUCUGACCUGCAAGAUACACUGUCCUGCAGGGCAGAUCAUUCUUCAAUAUUGUGAUUUUCUUUUUGUCUCCUACACCUUACCCCAACAAAUAAAAAUAAAUUAGCAAAAGAAAAUUCUUGACAGUAACUUCUGAAAAAUAUUUAAACCUUGUCUUUGGUACACAGAGUUGCUGGGAGUUUUGAGUGUUCAGCACUCAACAUAAUUAGGCCUAUACUAUCUAAAAGCUCGAAUGUUCAAAAAAGCAGAUUAUUGUCUAGAAGAAGAGUCUGCAGUUUGAAAACAUGAGAGGAAAAAAAAGGGUAUAUGUGUCAGAUCAGUUUUUGGACUUGGUAACAGUAAGGCGCAGUUUGUUGUUUUCAAGACCAAAUCUAGUCCCUCCAAACUUCUGCAGUUUAUAACAAAGUGUUCACUAUCCCAAGAAUUUAGGAUAUUCAUAUUUUAGAAAGCUUGUCACUUUUUUUAUUUGAACAAAUUUAUAAUUUUUAUGUGGUAUGAACUCUAAGUACUUUGUUUUCUUUUUAAUGUAUGUGUGGUUAUAAUGUUUAUUUAUCUGUUUAGCGUCUGUGGAGUUCUCAUUUAACUGUUUCCCAUCAUGGGGUGACUGAUUUUGGUUUUUUUCCCACCUCCAUCUGAAAUGUAUCAAUUUUUCAGGCUCAUCCCAUUUUUUAAGAUGCUGCUUUCUAUUUGCGUUUCUUACAUGUUUCAAGUUAUCUGCCUGAUCAGUUAUCUAGUUUUUAAACUGGAAGUUGUUGUUAUGGCAGAAUGUCAAAUGUUUAGACUGAGCUGCCUUCAGCAUAUUUUAAUGUGAAUUUACUGAUGAAUGAGGAGAAAAUUUCUAAUAAAGUCUACUGUCCAAAGUAAAACUC